AUGCCCACCACCUCAAGUACACAACAAUCACAACAACCAAAGCAACUUCCUUUCAAACUCACCAACCGAAAGCCCAAGAAGGGAUGCAAACUCGAUCCGAAUCCACUACGACCAAAUGUACAAGCUGCCAAUCACAUCCAUGCAUGGAACACACCAUUUUCAAUACAGAAGAGACUCGAGGAAGCAUCCUCUCUACCAGCAAAAGUUAUCAAAUUAGGCGAUGCAAUCAUGGCAAAAGGCACCGUAAAAACAACAAAGGAAGUCUACGCUGUGGGCCUACUCUGCUACAACCAAUUUGGAGAUUUGAUGGGCAUUAGCGAGAGCGACCGCAUGCCAGCAUCAGACAGACUUAUUAUCGGUUUCAUUGGACACUAUGCAGGAAAAGUAUCUGGAAAAUCAAUCUCAAAUUGGCUAUCUGGCAUUAGACUUUGGCAUGAGACAAUGGGAGCCCCUUGGCCAGCAGAUUCACGCAGAAUCCGACAAGCUAGAUGGGGAGCUAACGUCGAAGGCUCUCAUCACAAAUGA